UCGAUAACUUUGGUAAACAACACUAGCUUCACUAUUUAACUUGGUACCUAGUUUUGUUGUGUUAUUUUGACCAAUAUCUAUUUAGUUUGUAAAUUUGACUUUUAUUUAUUUGAGUCAGUCUGUGCCUACGUAUCUUUUCCCCUUCGUGACAAUUUAAUAAUUCGGAAUUAUUGAAAAAGUAAAUUAAAAGAUGUUGAGAAGUAGGGAUUUUUACAGAACUGCUUAUAACUAUGUUAAAUCAGGAUUUCUGUAUUCUACCCAAGUCAGCACUUCGGCGGCGUCAGCAGCAGGUGUCUCUAUCAGCGAUAACUGUGUGAAUAAAUUAAAGCAACUCUGUGACGGCAACAAUAACUUCCUUAGGCUAUGUGUUGAAAGUGGUGGAUGUUCUGGGUUUCAAUAUAAGUUUGAUUUGGACAAUAAAAUUGCAGAUGAUGACAGAAUUUUCGAGAAAGAUGGUGUUAAAAUAGUUAUUGAUGAGACAUCUCUGGAAUACAUCAAAGGGUCGACAAUUGACUACCACACAGAGCUGAUACGGUCUGCUUUCCGAGUUGUUCAGAAUCCAAAUGCCGACCUUGGAUGUUCAUGUGGUGCCAGCUUCUCUAUUAAAAUAGAUUAAAGAUACCAUGGCAUGAUACUACUGAAGAUAUUGAUUAUGAUAUGUUUGCUUAUUUAAAUCAUUUUAUAUUUUUGUUAAUAUGUAAUUGUUAUGUAUAAUAAUAUAAUAUGUUCCUAAUUCCUAGUCUAUUUAAGAAAAAUGUAAAUAGUGUAGGUACAUACAUAUUGAUGGUAUUAUAUAUUAAAUAGUACAGAAAAUAUAGAGACUUGAAUUUGUUUAUUAAUUGUAGGAAGUAAACUAUUUUGUCACGAGAACUAGCAAGGUUAAUUUGCUAUUUUUAUUUUUCUCUUUAAUUAAUUAUGUUAUUUGGUUAUAAUGUGUAAAAACCAGUUUCAAAAAUUAUAACACUAACUAUGUAAACUUUA